AUGGCGAAUAUGAAGGUUUUUGGUGGUCUCUUGUUCGCCUUGUGUCUGCUCGUACCGUACAUCUCCGCGGCGUCCACGGGCUUUCGCGCGUGCAGUAAGAAGACUGACUAUCCUGUUAAGAUCAGUGGACUCGAUAUCGAUCCAUAUCCAAUUUCCAAAGGCAAAACUACCAAGUAUCAAUUCACUGCAUCUACAGGUGAAGCAAUAUCUGGUGGGAAACUUGUCAUUGACGUAUCGUACUUCGGAUUCCACGUCCACAGUGAGAAUCACGACCUUUGUGAUGAGACCCCGUGCCCUGUUCCUGCUGGUGAUUUUAACGUCACUCGCACCCAAGAAUUGCCGGGAUACACACCACCAGGCUCAUACACGCUGCAAAUGAAGAUGGUGGACUCGAGCAACAAGGAACUGGCUUGCAUUACUUUUAGCUUCAGCAUUGGUUUUCUGGCUGAAGAGAACUUUGCUGAUGUUUGA